CCAACUUUGCCUUCUUUUGCAUCAUAUUAUGACCAAGGAAAACCGACUCCUCGACACCACAUAAUAUUCUCACUCUUCCACCACCCUUCGUCACAUACCUUUCUUAGCAACAUGACCUCCUCCGCCACCGUGAAGCUCCCUUCAUACCGGAAACUGAGGCAGCACCACGGCAACGACGACGAUAAUGGGUUUGCGGAAGAUAGUUACUACGAUUUCGAGAAGGAGAGGGUGGUGGUCACGAAGCCGAGGAGUAACAGAAGCAUUAUCAGUUGGUACAAGCUCAAGUCGAAGCUGGUGCCGAGUGUUAGGAAGAGGAGGCUAAGGCUGAGGAGGAGAGUCGUGAGCUUGAGGAGGUUGUUGCUGCUGAGGAGGAAGCUCAAGUUGGCUUAUGGUUAUCUCAGAGUUUCGUGUCAGAAAGUUGUGAAGAGACUCAAGGAUGGACAGUCUCACUUCGGCGAUCUGUUUGCCGGGAACUAUAUGUUCUUGCAGGUCAGUCCUUCUUCGUUGAAGUGCGUUGAUCAGCGCCGGGGAAAUCUCGCCGGAGCAGGUGGGGAGCAGAAGCACCCCCACCACCUUAUUCAAAGCUUCCCUUCGGGGACAGGGAUGGGCGCUUUUGUUAGAAGCAUAGAGGAAUUCAGCUAAAUCUUCAGGUGCAUCUGUGCAUGUUUGCUCCUUGUAAAAGAAGUGCUUAUAACAAUUCGGAAAUCAUUCUUAACUAUUAUGUGGUGGUUAAUUGG